GGGUAGGACCAUGUUCAGACGAACGCGUAUCGGUAUCCACAUGGGAAAACUUUCAAGGUUGGGGAAAGGGCAGCGGGCUCUUCUCUGAAGUCUGAAACUUGUGCUCAAAUUUUGGUCGGCGAAAGAGAGAGAGAGAGAGAGAUGGUCAACCAUGCAGUUUCCAUGAACUCGAUAAAUCUCCAAAAUUUUGUUCUUCUUUAAUGGUUUCUGGCUCUUGGGAUAUGUCAUUCAUGGGGUAUUCUUGGCCCCAAGAUGUCAUCUGCUGAUGUGGGUGACGAUGAUGGAUCAGGUCUUAGGCCACAAGCUUGUCACCUUCUUCAUACCAAUAUGACCUCACCUUGAGCUCGUCUUCUCUCUCUCCCUCUCUCUCUCUCUCUCUCGAAAUUCCUCUCUUUCCUCAGAAUCAUGGUGUAUUCUCUACCUCCUUAAGGUACCCGUUCGUCAAAUUCUGUCGAUUUUCAGGUGCCUAUGGCAGGUCCCGAGAAACCCAUCUUGUCAUGUCUUGAUUCUUCUCCGAAUACGAGCUCCUGUCUCUCAAAUAGUGAGACUCUUUUUCCGGAAUUCACUCCACCCGAGAUUUCAUCGUUGAAGAAGCUCAGCGAGAAUCUCGAUUCGCUGUUUCAAUCGCCUGAUUUCGAUCUCUACAGCGACGCGAAAUUAGUUUCUGGUGACGAGCGGGAAAUCCGUGUUCACCGCUGUAUUCUUGCGGCAAGAAGUCUGUUUUUCAGGCAACUUUUUGCGGGGAAAGAGAAGAAUAGAUAUGAAGUAAAGGAGCUUGCUAAGGAUUAUGUCGUGAGUUUUGAUGCUCUGGUGUCCGUUCUGGAGUAUAUGUACAGUGGCAAGGUGAAGCCCCUUCCUUCCAAGAUCUGCGAGUGCGUCGAUGAGGACUGCGGUCAUGAAGCGUGCAGGCCCGUUAUUGAUUUCUCUGUUCAGGCUCUUUAUGCAUCUCACCUCUUCCAGAUUACCGAUCUAAUUGACGUUUGGAUGGUUCGUCUUCUCGAAAUUCUAGAUAAGGUUGCGAAGGAUGACAUACUAAUAAUUUUAUUGGUAGCCAACAUGUGUGACAAAGGAAGUGGGAGGUUGCUGACCGCAUGCAUUGACAUUGUGGUUAAGUCAGAUAUUGAUAUUACGACUCUUGAGAAAUCACUGCCUCAUGACCUUGUCAAGUUAAUUGUGGAGACACGGGAAAAUCUGGGUUUAGCUACCGAACAUAAUGCACCACCUGACAAACAUGUAAGAAGGAUACACCGGGCUCUUGACUCAGAUGACGUUGAACUAGUAAGACUGUUGCUAAAAGAAGGGCAUACGACCCUGGACGAUGCAUAUGCACUGCAUUAUGCAGUAGCCUACUGUGAUUCCAAGACUACUACUGAACUCUUGGAUAUCGGACUUGCUGAUGUUAAUCUUAGGAAUCCCAGGGGUUAUACUGUGCUCCAUGUUGCUGCUUUGCGAAGAGAGCCUAAGAUUAUAGUCUCUCUUUUGACCAAGGGAGCUCGGCCGGCUGACCUCACAGUGGAUGGAAGAAAAGCAUUGCAGAUAUCAAAGAGGCUAACCAAGUCUUCUCUAUAUGAAACAACUGAAGAAGGAAAUGCAAGUCCAAAAGAAAGGCUAUGCAUAGAGAUAUUAGAGCAGGCUGAAAGAAGAGACCCACUACUUGGAGAGGCUUCUGUAUCUCUCGCUAUGGCAGGAGAGGAUCUGCGCUCUAAAUUGUUGUACCUUGAAACUAGAGUUGCUCUUGCAAAACUGUUGUUUCCGACGGAGGCCAAAGUUGCCAUGGAUAUUGCACAUGUGGAAGGUACCCCAGAGUUCUCACUAGCGAAAGUGGACUUGAAUGAAUCUCCUUUUAUCAUGAAAGAGGAGCAUUUGGCCAGGUUGCGAGCACUCUCAAAAACAGUUGAGUUGGGGAAGCGCUUCUUUCCAAGAUGCUCGGAUGUCCUCAACAAGAUUGUGGAUGACGAUGGCUUGGGUGAGCUAGCUUGCCUGUCAACAGGCACGUCAGAUGAGCAAGUGAGAAAGAGGAGGAGAUACAUGGAGCUUCAGGAACAGCUAUCAAAAGCAUUUACUGAAGACAAAGAGGAGCGUGACAGGACCGCCAUGUCGUCAUGCUCAUCAUCCACAUCUGUAGCAGAACGAGGGCGGCCUAGAAUGCCUAGAAGGUAACUGUGGGACACACUUGACCUCCAGGGAAACUCAGCCGAGGAACGUAGCUUACUGAAUUUGUAAUUUUUGUUCGAGAUGUGUUCGCUGUUGUAAUCUAUUGUACCUUAUGUUAACAGGCUUUUGGACUUAUAAAGGUUCUUGUAUGACCCUGCAAAGUGUUGUACUUCCCAAAGAAACUUUGGGCUUCUACCUGUAGUAGUGGUCAUGAAAUUUUCCAAGUUCCAUCUCA